AUGAAACUUCUUGCGUUAACAUCAUUAUUAGCUGCAACAGCUUCUGCUUUAGCUGUUCCACAACCAAAAGAUUUAUCAUCUUUACAAUUUCCAACUCAAAGAGAAGCUCUAGAGAAAAGAUAUUACGAUUACGAUCAUGCUGCUGAACCUAUUCGUGGUGUAAACAUCGGUGGUUGGUUAGUAUUAGAACCUUAUAUCACACCAUCUUUAUUUGAACAAUUCCGUACAAAUUCCGAUAAUGAUGAUGGUAUUCCAGUUGAUGAAUAUCAUUAUUGGCAACAACUUGGUAAAGAUGAAGCAAUGGCUAGAUUAGUCACACAUUGGGAUACUUUUUAUACUGCUCAAGAUUUUGCAGAUAUUGCAUCUCAAGGCUUUAAUUUAGUUAGAAUUCCUGUAGGUUAUUGGGCAUUCGAUACUUUAGAGAAUGAUCCUUAUGUCUCUGGAUGGCAGCAACUUUACUUAGACAAAGCUAUUAAUUGGGCCCGUGAAAAUAAUUUAAAAGUUUGGGUUGAUUUACAUGGUGCAGCAGGCUCUCAAAAUGGAUUUGAUAAUUCAGGUUUAAGAGAUACUAUUGAAUUUUUACAAGAUGAAAAUUUACAAGUAACAAUGAAUGUCUUAAAAAAAUUAUUAAAGAAAUAUUCUGGUGAUGAAUUUGUUGAUACCGUUAUUGGUAUUGAAUUAAUUAAUGAACCAUUAGGUCCAUCAAUUGAUAUGGAUAAAUAUAAAAAUGAUUAUUUAGUACCAGCUUAUGAUUACUUAAGAAAUUAUUUAGGUAAAGAUCAAAAUAUUAUUAUUCAUGAUGCUUUUGAAGCUUUCAACUAUUGGGAUAAUUUUAUGACUCUUGAAGAUGGUGGUCAUUACGGUAUCACUUUAGAUCAUCAUCAUUAUCAAGUCUUCUCCUCUGGUGAAUUACAACGUUCUUGGGAUGAACGUUUAGGUGUCACUUGUUCUUGGGGUCAAGGUGCCGUCUCUGAAAGUCAUUGGACCGUUGCAGGUGAAUUCUCUGCUGCUUUAACCGAUUGUGCUAAAUGGUUAAAUGGUGUUGGUAUUGGUGCUCGUUAUGAUGGUUCUUUCUAUAAAAAUGGUGUUUCUUCAUAUUACAUUGGUUCUUGUCAAGAUAAUGAAAAUGUUUCCUCUUGGUCUGCUGAAAGAAAACAAGAUACUAGAAAAUAUAUUGAAGCUCAAUUUGAUGCUUUUGAAAUGAGAGGUGGUUGGAUCAUUUGGUGUUACAAGACUGAAACCUCAGUUGAAUGGGGUGUCAAUCAACUGAUCGCUAAUGGUUUAUUCCCACAACCUUUGACCGAUAGACAAUAUCCAGGUCAAUGUAACAACGCUUAA